CUUGGGGGUUUUAACCACGAGCUGCCUGGGACUGAAGGGAGAAGAGACCAUUGGGCCACACAAUUGGCUUUGUGGAAAGCAUUGGAUGCACGUCGGGUCGGUGGGGUCGGGCCUGGGACAGUCCGGCCAGCCGCUAUGACGCUAGAGGAAGGAAGAAGUAGAGGAGUUACCCAGCCUGGCUUCGGCUAGCGGGUAGAGUGCCGGAAGGGGCGGGGCUCUGGGUCGGAAGUGCCGUUUAGGGGGAGUGGCCAGGAGCGCACAAUGGGCCAUGGAGUUCCCGUUCGAUGUGGACGCCCUGUUCCCGGAGCCGAUUACCAUCCUGGACCAACACCUGCGUGCUCCGGCCCGCCGAACCGGAACCACAACCUCGGCUCGUGUUGAUCUCCAGCAGCAAAUCAUGACUGUUGUCGAUGAACUGGGAAAGGCAUCAGCCAAGGCGCAGCAUCUUCCUGGUCCCAUCACCAGUGCUUCAAGAAUGCAGAGUAACCGACAUGUUAUGUAUGUGCUCAAGGAUACCUCAGCCCGUCCGGCUGGAAAAGGAGCUAUUAUUGGCUUUCUCAAAGUUGGAUAUAAGAAACUCUUUGUACUGGAUGACCGUGGGGCCCAUAAUGAAGUAGAGCCACUUUGCAUACUGGACUUUUAUAUCCAUGAAUCACUGCAACGCCAUGGCCAUGGGCUGAAACUUUUCCAAUAUAUGUUAGAGAAGGAACGGGUUGAACCACACCAACUAGCUAUUGACCGGCCCUCAGAGAAGUUGCUGCGGUUCUUGAAUAAACACUACAAUCUGGAAUCCACAGUGCCACAGGUGAACAACUUUGUGAUCUUUGAAGGCUUUUUCGCCCACCAGCACCGGUCCCCUGCUUCCUCUCUGAGGGCGACUCGCUGCUCUCGUGCUGCCUCGGUUGAUAACACACCCAAUGCUCCAGCCAGAAAGCUGCCCCCCAAGAAGGCAGAAGGAGAGAUUAAACCAUAUUCUUCUAGUGACCGAGAAUUUCUAAAGGUGGCUGUAGAGCCUCCAUGGCCGUUGAAUAGAGCCCCCCGACGUGCUACACCCCCAGCCCGACCACCCGCACGGUCCAGCAGCCUGGGCAAUUCUCCAGACAGGGGCCCUCUCCGCCCCUUUCUGCCAGAGCAAGAGCUGCUACGGUCUCUUCGCCUCUGUCCCCCACACCCUACUGCCCGACUCCUGCUUGCAACGGACCCUGGAGGCAGCCCAGCCCAACGCAGGCGUACCAGGGGAUCAACCCCAGGACUGGUGGCCCAGAACUGCAGCUACAGUCGAUAUGGGGAGCCAGACUCCUCAUCCCCCAAAACAGGCAACCAAGAACAGAGGAAGAGGGAACAGGAAACAGAGAGUAGGUGUCCCAACAGGGGGCAGCAGGUUGUGUCAGGGGAGCAAGAUGGGGAGGGAACCUGGUCCUCCACCCCUCCACAGGCCCUGCAGCCCCCAGUCCCAUUGUGGAGACUGGGGGAGCCCAUGGUCAACGCAAGGUUCAUUCGAUACCUCCAGGAGCACCGAAGUACCAGGCCAUGGUGACCUGGGCCUUCAUCUCGUCCUUGAUGGGGUAAUCCCCAAAUCCGGAGGCGUUGACUCCACCCCAUGGAGAAAUACUGAGCCCCAUCCUCGGGGAACAGCUGUUGGUCGGUUGGAGUUGGGCACCUUUUCUUUUCCCAUCUGCCCAAAUUGUGUUUUAUUUUUAUUUUUAAACAGAGGACUUUGCUUAUUUUUAAUAUUAAAGGUUGGUGGUCAGGA